UUCAACACAUUUCAACGUUCAGUAAUCGCGCGAUUGCCAACAAGUACGGUACAUAAACGAGAGAAAAAGCAGUGGAAACUUUAGUGCUAAGCCAGUGAAAGCGGUGAUUAAACUGUGUGGAAAAAGGUGUAGUGAUCGUCACAAGUGGAGAGCAGGGCAAAAGAAGCCGAACGUAUAGUACUUACAAAUACUGUAAAAGCAAUAAGCAAUAAGCAGAAACAAGAACAACGAAAAAAUCAUGUCAGCGAAAGCAGAUAUUGCAUUGAUUGGCUUGGCCGUAAUGGGUCAGAAUCUAAUUUUGAAUAUGAAUGAUAAUGGAUUUGUAGUAUGCGCCUACAAUCGCACCGUCGAGAAGGUCAACCAAUUUCUGCAGAACGAGGCCAAGGGUACAAAUGUGAUUGGUGCAACAUCAUUACAGGAUAUGGUGAGCAAAUUGAAGGUGCCACGCAAAGUCAUGCUUUUAGUCAAGGCCGGUAGCGCGGUGGACGAUUUCAUCAAGCAAUUGCUGCCACUCCUUUCGCCCGGCGAUGUGAUCAUCGAUGGUGGCAACUCCGAGUACCAGGACACCGCACGCCGUUGUGAUGAAUUGCGUGCCAAAAAAAUAUUGUACGUCGGUUCUGGCGUGAGCGGCGGCGAAGAAGGUGCACGUCAUGGACCAUCCCUCAUGCCCGGUGGCCAUCCGGAAGCUUGGCCACUCAUACAACCCAUUUUCCAGGCCAUCUGCGCGAAGGCAGACAACGAACCAUGUUGCGAGUGGGUAGGCGAAGGCGGUGCUGGACACUUUGUGAAAAUGGUGCACAAUGGCAUCGAAUAUGGUGAUAUGCAAUUGAUUUGCGAAGCUUAUCAAAUCAUGAAAGCGCUUGGUCUGACCCAAUCGCAAAUGGCUGCUGAAUUCGAAAAAUGGAAUAGUGAAGAGUUGGACUCGUUCCUUACGGAAAUCACACGUGAUAUUCUCAAUUUCAAAGAUGACAAAGGCUACUUGCUGGAGCGGAUACGUGACACGGCUGGGCAGAAGGGUACCGGAAAAUGGACAGCAAUUGCGGCGCUGCAAUAUGGUGUACCUGUAACGCUAAUUGGUGAGGCGGUGUUCUCGCGUUGUCUCUCUGCCUUAAAGGAUGAACGUGUAGCGGCCAGCAAGCAAUUGUCGGGCCCAGGCGUGCAGGCUAAGGUUGAGAAUCUACCCGUGUUUUUGAAUCACAUUAAGCAUGCGUUGUACUGCGCGAAAAUCGUGUCGUAUGCACAAGGUUUCAUGCUGAUGCGUGAAGCUGCCAAGGACAACAAUUGGAACUUGAAUUAUGGCGGCAUUGCUUUGAUGUGGCGCGGCGGUUGCAUCAUUCGCAGUGUCUUUUUGGGCAACAUCAAGGACGCCUACACUCGCAAUCCACAGCUUUCGAAUUUAUUAUUGGACGACUUUUUCAAGAAGGCAAUUGAAGUGGGCCAGAACUCUUGGCGUCAAGUUGUGGCCAAUGCCUUUCUAUGGGGUAUCCCUGUGCCAGCUCUCUCGACCGCACUCUCCUUCUACGAUGGCUAUCGCACUGAGAAGCUGCCCGCGAACUUAUUGCAAGCUCAACGUGAUUACUUCGGUGCACACACCUACGAGUUGUUAGGUGCAGAGGGCAAAUUCGUGCACACCAACUGGACCGGAACAGGUGGCAAUGUAUCGGCAAGCACAUACCUGGCGUAAUUGGAAUACACAUUUCACGACACGUCGCGGCUAAUGUUCCAAAUGUCAUUCCACUUUUUCCUUAGAAGCUAAUUAGAAAUUAAUUUUAUAAUAAAUAUGUCAAUAUUUAAAAACGGUGUAAAUAAAAAAAAAAAAAAAAAAAAAAAC